UGAGGGGAGCCCCAGGCAUUGGGGGUGUCCCGGGGAAGAGGGAACCCCUGAGGGGUGUCCCAGGAGCCCCUGGGGCUGCGCGGGAGAUUCCAGGGGGCCAGGCAGUGAGGACGGUCACAGGGUGCCCCGAGGGACUCUGCUGGGACAGCAGGGCCCUGAGGUGGUGCUUGGGGCCAGAUAAGGACCUUAAGCCCCCCUGGCAUGGGGGCAGCGGGGCCCAGAGGCAGGAGCAGGGGCCUGGCUACCCCUUCCCUGGGAGCUGGGAUCCACCGGGGCAGCCGUGGGGAGGAGGAGCCAGAGGCUGCACCCCAGCCCCCCUUAGCAGCCCCCCCUUGCUCCUGUCCUCGCCGUACCCACAGGGCAGACGGUCCGCCUGGGAGUGAUGGUCCAAAUGAGAUGCAGUCAGGGGCUUGGCCCCUCCCAGGGAUGGAGCUUGCCUUGGAGAUACUCCCCUCCACUGUGCCCCUCCCCCAGCCAGCCACUCCCCCCAUGCCCCAUUCCUCACCCCUCCGCCCCCAGCCACUCUGUGACCCAGGUGGAAGCGGCCACCCCCUAGAGGGGAAAGGCUCCCUGCCCCAUUCCCUUAGCCAGCUCUCCAUCCUAGCAAAGAGAGUUUCCAGCACCCAAAUCCCUUCCCUACCCUCCCCGUUCUGCUCUGAUCCUCUUCCGCCUCUUCCCAGGCAGACAACGUGGCCAUGGAGGAGGACUACGCGCUGACCCAGACCCAGACCACCAGCCAGGUGCAGCAGAACUUGGAGAGAUUCUCAGGGACUCAAGUGGAUCAGAAGGUGAGUGAAUUGGUGCAAUUCCUGCUGAUCAAGGAUCAGAAGAAAAUCCCCAUCAGACGGGCAGAUAUUCUGAAGAACGUCAUCAAAGACUACAAAGAGGUCUACUGUGAGAUCAUUAACCGAGCCAGCAGGACCCUCCAGCAGGUGUUUGGGCUGCAACUGGUGGAGAUAGACACUAAGCAUCACAUCUACAUCCUGGUCAGCAACCUGCCAUGCCUGGAUGGGGAGAACCUGAAACAGGACGAUCGCACGGCCAAGCUGGGCCUCCUCACCGUCAUCCUCAGCUUCAUCUAUAUGAAGGGCAAUGCUGCUAAGGAGUCUGAUGUGUGGGAGAUGUUGAAGAAACUGCAAGUUGAACCCGGAAAGAGACACGAGGUCUUUGGGAAUGUCAGGGAGUUGGUGACUGUGGAAUUUGUCCAGCAAAAGUACCUGGAGUACAGCCGCAUGCCCAACACGGACCUGGCAGAGUUUCAGUUCCAGUGGGGGCUGCGGGCCACCAAGGAGACCUCCAAGAUGCAGAUCCUGCACUUUGUCGCCAAGGUCCAGAGCAAGGACCCCACAGCCUGGACCAGCCAGUACAAUGAGGCGGCAGCUGCAGAGGCCCUGUCCCACCACACUAGUGCCCCUGGAGAUGCUGGUGGGGCCAGCCGGGGGGCACGCAGGAGGAAGCAGUCAGCCUGGUCCACUUCACCCACAGGUGCUCCACCCCACGGCGCCUUGUGAACCAGCAGCCCUUGGGAGCGGGGGCCUCUGCCCAUGCUGAGCCCAGCGUCCAAGGAUCGAGUGGGGCACUGCCUUUGCCCUCCUGAUCCCAGUGCCCCCCAGCACAGCAGCUGCAGAGAUCCCGCCUCACCUUUCUGGGGUGGGGCCCAGGCAUCUUGUGCAAACUCCUCCUGCCCAAGUCGUCCCGCAGUGGGUUUCCUCUGCACAGAGGGACCCAGCGGUGACCUCUCACCCUUGUAAUUCACCCAACAUUACUUUCAAAUAAAGCUCCCGACCCCCGUUAGUGGUGGGGGUCAAUUGUGUUACUCACGGGGUCUUUGCAACAGGCAGCUGGGGAGCCCCAGUUCUUAGCAUUGCGUAGCUGAGUGGGUCCAUUACCUGACAGCUGGGGCUGUGUCUGCUGCUGCUGCGUUCCUCCCUGCCUGCAGUGCCUCCCAGUGGUAUUAAUGCCCCAUGGCGAUCACAGAGCCUUGCUGCAUGGUUACGCUCAGGGCAGCUCCCCUCUUGCCAAGCAGUUGGCUCAGGCUCUCUGCAGACUCGGGCAGCGUUGCCCCAGGGAAGCUCCCCUCCCUUGCCGAGUGACUGGCUCAGGCUUGCUUUGGGCUAGAAACUAAUUGAAAGCUGAGCUCGUGUGGCUAUCUGAGACUUCAGGAGCCGGGGCCCAAGGCCUCGAUCUAGGCCCAUCACCGUCCUGGGGACAACAGCACUGACUACGCAGCCGUGGCAAAGGAGAGAGCCAGGUUUAAUGGGCGCGAGCAGUUAAUAGUGGGGGGGCACCGUCCCCAGUGCUUCCUCGGGCUCCCGCGUCACGUCGACAUUCUGCAACAAGAUCCGGGAG